AUGGAAUACACCUUUAAGAAAGAGCGGCGCACAUUUGGCUCCCAUACACAAUUUAAGGACAAAGAUGAAGUAAUCUUUUCCGAAAAUUCUUCACAGGAGCAUGCGAAGAACUAUAUACUCAAGAAUCCUGUGGAUCGUGCAACACAAUUUACCCGACAAAUGGCGCUGAGUCAAGCCAACACCGAACGCGCUACAUACAAACAUGUGGGCAUCACACAUAACGAAGGUGGAUGGCCCAAAGAUAUUGCUAUGUCCGAUCCGGAGCAAACAGUGCGUUAUAAGCGCAAAAUUGAGAAGGAUGAAAAUUAUAUAACACAAGUAAUGAAUCUCACUAAGCCAAUGGAACAUUAUAUACACCAAAAUAAUGCAGUGAAUAUUUAUGAAAACUAUUUUGAGCAUCUAGAUCCAGCGCCAUUGCCCGAACCGUGCCGUUCACGCACCGUUAAUGUGUAUCGUGAUCCCAAUCUUAUUAAAGUGCCUGUCACGCACCUUUCAUGGUCGCCGGAUGGCGCUAUUAAAAUGGCUGUUAGUCAUUGUGAUAUGAAAUUUCAAGGUGAUAAAACUGGUCAACGCAGUAAUUCAUAUAUUUGGGAAAUCGAAAAUCCCAAUGAACCUUUUCUCACACUCGAACCCAAAGUACCGUGUGUAUGUUUGGAAUAUAAUCAGAAGGAUCCGACAAGUUUGGUUAGUGGCAUGUACAAUGGCCAGGUGGCUGCUUGGGAUACACGACAUGGCAAAUAUCCGGUAAUGAUAAGCGAACGUGAGAUAUGCCAUCGUGAUCCGGUUAAUUCAGUGCUGUGGAACAAUUCAAAGAGUGGCACAGAAUUCUUUUCCGGUGGCUCAGAUGGGCAAGUGUUGUGGUGGGAUACACGAAAAUUGAGUGAACCGUUGGAUAAACUACUAAUGGAUCCAGUGCGUACUGACGAACAAGAUUUGGGUCGUUCGUUUGGUGUUUCUGUAUUGGAGUACGAAACAACUAUACCAACGCGUUUUAUGGCUGGCACAGAAAUGGGUAUGCUUUUCUCGUGCAAUCGUAAAGGCAAAACUCCCAUGGAGAAGAUACAGAUUAGGAUGAUGUGCCAUUUGGGUCCAGUAUAUGCCAUAACUCGUAAUCCUGCAUUUGUAAAGAAUUUCCUAACUGUAGGUGAUUGGUGUGCGCGCAUAUGGUCUGAAGAUUGUCGCGAGAGCUCUAUAAUUUGGACUAAAAACAGCGAUGCUAUGUUGACCGAUGGUGCUUGGAGUUACACAAAGGUAUCCCAAUUCUUUAUAACUCGCAUGGAUGGCGUGCUCGAUACAUGGGACCUGUUGCAACAACAAAAUCAACCAGUGCUGACGGUUAAAGUAUGCGAUGAACCACUGCAUUGUGUGCGUACUAAUGAAAAUGGAAAAUUCGUUAGCUGCGGCAGUAAACUGGGUGCCACUUUUCUCAUUGAGGUGUCGGAUAAUAUGGUAAUGUCGGCGAAGAAUGACAAACCAUUGCUAACAGCGAUGUUCGAGCGUGAAAAUAGACGCGAAAAAAUUUUGGAAGCCAAAUCGAGAGAGAUUAAGCUGAAAGUAAAGACUAAUCAAGGCCAGGACCAAGGUGACCUAACAAUGCUCAAUGGUCGUGUAAAUGUUGCUCCAUUUAAAGAUGCUUGUGAACAAGCGGCAGCUGAGUAUUUUGCAGCCGUAGAACAGGAACGUUUACGACGUAUUCCUGGCAACAAGCAGGAUGCGGAGGAAGCUGAAGCGUCUGAAAUAGAUAGCGCGAGGACCUAAAUAAUUAUAAAAAUUCCAAACAUUUAGUUUGCGUUCAAACUAGAAAAGUUUAUAGAUAAAUUUGGUCUACUAAUAAUACGUUCACAUAUGCAUUAAUCACCUAUAAAUCCACGAAAUUAAUCUACCCGUUCACAUAUGGCAGAUUACCUGCAAAAUCAACAAUCAGCUGUCAAUACUGCUUUGAGAGAUUUUUGGAGGAAUAUUUCGGUGUUUUUGUGGUGGUUUCUUUAAUUAUUAUUAAUGAUACGAAGAAAAUACAAGGAGAAGGAAUAGCUAAUUUAAUUGCGCAAUUAAUUGGCUGCUAAUAAUAAACAGUUGGAGGAAAUCCGUAUGCGACGUUUACUGAGGUUGCAAAAAAUACGCAGUAAUACGCAUUCAAAAUUCGAUAUUACAUUUUAUAGUAAGUAAUAAGAGGGCAAAACGUUUAUGGACAAACGCUUU